GCUGAAAAGAAGGUAUAUAUAUCUCAACACGGGGGUGGACCAAGCCCACGGAUGAUCUCGAUGACAAAUGUCGAAGUCAAAACAGAGCGGGUGGCUGCUAAGUGGCGCCAACAGUUGUGCUCCUCUGACUUAGAAGAUCAUCCCUCCAUCGGUGACCUCCAGGCUCCGGGGG